AAUGCCUGCCAUACCGUUCACCACCCAUGGCAGAGAAUUGAUACCCGCGAACCCCACCGAGCUCUGCCAGUGCUGCAACCAUGCCUGGAUCUUGCAUGAGUCGACAGGCCUCCCAGGCACCCACCCCUGUCAUGCCAUGCAAAAGGGUGGAAUAUUGGACAAAGUCCCUCCCUGCGGAGGGUUUCAUUCGUUGGAGCUUCACUGGACACCUCAUACUCUCUGCCUGUGCGGGCGCCCCUGGAUGCAGCACAGCAUCCUAGAGAUGGUGGAAUCUGGCCCUGUUGCGGUCCCUGUACAUCCUCUUGCUGCCACAGCUCCAGCGGCGGCUCCCUUGCGUCCUCCAGGCUUGAACCCAGCCAACUACCUGCCACCUGUGUCUCAGGUCGGGUCUGUGCCAAUUCCUCAUUUCAUGGCCCCUGACCGCCCCUCCACCAUCAACGGAGCACACGAACAAAGUCACCAGCGCAUGGCGGCUAACAACCAGGCACCUAAUCCACGACGCUCCAUGGCUCCUGCUCCUGCUCAGGCCGCUUCUUCUUCGUUGUCGAAGGCAGCCGCUAAAGCCACCAACAACGCCAACUCAGACCAGAAAUUUUUACUUGCCAUUUACCCCUUCAUGCAGGACCACAAGUCGAUCCUCAACUGGCUCGAUAGGUUCCACUUGGUCCUCGAAGUUACUGUCCCUGCCACAACUGACCAGGACGCUUUGGUUCCUCUGUUCUCUGGUGUCAUAAAUGACCACCUCCUUCUCCACAGCCUUGUUUUACCCGCCAAACCUGGUCAAGACGAGGACAAGGUGGCCGCUCUGCUUUACCAACAGAACUGGCAAUUUCUUAGGCCGCGAAAGCAAACCAGCAUGUAUUACCUUGAGCCCCACAAUGGCAUCAACAAUAACACCAUUUCUAUCGACACAUUGCUCAACACCGCCAAAAAACUUCCCAACCCUCUCAGCGGUAAACGGGAGUACCACCUUCUCAAUCUAGCACCACUCUAUGGCCCUGUCAGUGGUCCCCUUAACACAGAGGAAAUCAACCCAGGUUUCACGUAUGCGCCAGAUCUGAAUCAUGGCUGCUAUGCAAAGUACGUCCUCAAGGGCUUGACGUUCGCCGAUGGUGCUGCUGUGGACGAGAUGGACUGUUACAUGGAUCACUGGUGUCCGCAGGAUCCCUCAGGCGACAUUGAUCUUGGUGAUGCAUUACGCUCUCCUUCUCCGCCCAUUCAUUCUCGUUGUCGCUCGCGCACACAGGAAACUGAGGACCCACGCACUCGCACGCGCCGGAGGGCCACAUCCCCUGCUUUUGUAGAUCUGACGUGUUCGCUGAGCCCCCUUUCCAACACACCUACCCCACCAGCUGAUUUCCACCUGUCUCCAGAGCCUGCCACGGAUGAAGAUGUAGUCAUUUUUCAGACGCAGAACCGGCUACACGGGCGAUUUAUCCCUCAUGCUGAGCAAGUCAUCUGGCUCGUUGAGUGCUGGCAGGAUCAUGUACAGUCAAGAGCCAGCCUGCUUGUCGACACGGAAUUGGCCAUUCACAGGGAAGAUCAUGCCUCUGUUGCCUCUCACAUCCUGGACUUUCUUGUCCACCAUUAUCUUGCUGAGAUGGACCCUCAGAGCGUCCACAUUCUCGAACGUCUGGCCAGCAUUCGUCAGAGUCCAGCCACAAGAUGCCAGGAUGUUUCGGUGUUCCUGGCAACAGCCUUGAAUCAAAAUUUUGUGCUGUG